UCUCGUUCAAUGCUUGGGUCUAGACAGUACUGAUUGUGUGAGAUCUAAUUCUCAUGAACUAUCAUCUACUCAACUGCCGAUUCUUCUCAUGGCAGAUUCAGACACCAAGGCCCCUCAGGUAUAUAGAUGAUGAUGAUGAGGGUUCAAAAGACCAACUAUAUGCACAUCCUCUUCGGUGCCAUGUUCCUUUUCCUCUAUCAAGGCUGGUACUGCAGCAGCGCCAUCUGCCUCGGCCUCUUCUGGUGGCUGAUGGUAUACAUUGCCCACAACGCCGGCCACCUCGCCAUCACACACCACUACACCAUCGACAGCGUGAUCGUGGAAGCACAAUCACAACAUCCACCAUGUCAUCACGCAUCCCCCGUCGGUUUAAUCUGCAUAUCCAGUCCUUUAUCUUCCUAAUCCAAGGCCAAGGUCCAAAAGGUAUUUCAUGGUGGAAUCGUCGGCAGGCUGCGAUUCUGGCCAAGUGUCCGUGGACAAUUGCGAGUAGGGGAGAUAUUUUUCAUGGUCAUUGAUUAGUGGAUGUUUAUAUAAAUGUCUAUUAUAUCUGUUGGUUGUAUAGAAGAAUGAGCUAGGUCACUUGACUGCAUGAGUCAUGCUGUUUAAAAUGCACCCAAACACAAUCAACCUCGCGUUUUCUCAAUCAACCACAAUGAAGUCG